AUGUCGCAAUUCUCAGGAAAGACGGUUAUUGUCACCGGUUCGAGCUCAGGAAUCGGCAGAGCGAUUGCCGUGCUGUUGGCGAAGAGAGGAGCCAACGUUGUUGUUCAUGGAAGGCGGAAGGAGAAGAUUCAGGUUUUUGUUGAAACCACAAAGUCAUUAUUCCAUUUCAGGAGACAUUAGCCGCAUUAGAAACCGCUGGAUUAAAGCCAGAGAACUAUCUUGUAGUCACCGGCGCUAUUGAAGACGAGAAGACGCAGGAUUCUCUCAUCAACGACACUCUCAAGAAGUUUGGCCGGAUCGAUGUGAUUGUAAACAACGCCGGGAUUUCCCAUGACACCGCGGACGCGGACCGCAAUAGUCUUCACAACUUGGAUGUGGUCUACCAGGUCAAUGUUAGAAGGUGGGAAAAACAGUCCUAAUUGAAGUAAUUUUUUACAGCAUUUACCGAAUCAAUGAGCUGGCAUUGCCGCAUUUGGCCAAGACCAAGGGAAAUAUUGUCAAUAUUUCAUCGGUUGGAGGGCAACGAGGACAAGGGUUGUUCCUGCCUUACGCUGUGUCCAAGGCUGCCGUUGAUCAUUAUACUCGAUCUGCGGCCUUGGUUUUUGCUGAGGAAGGCGUCAGAAUCAACACGGUCAGGUGAGUAGUGUAAUUUCCAGGCAAGCCAAUAGAUUGUUCGGUACGUUAAGAUGGUUUUCAAGCCUUGCCUGACUGUUCUAUUCAUAGCAUUGCAUGAUUUAUGUAAACGCAGCUCAAAACUGGAACAUUUUUCUUUUAAGCCCUUGUAUGAUUUUUACUUUACGAUGCCCUUUUCGGCCAUCCCGAUCCGUAUUUUAAUACCGCUACACAUUUAGUCCCGGUCCGAUCAAGUCCGAAUUCCUGUCCCGUCACGGAAAGCCAGAAGAAGAGGAACUGACAAACAAUGCGUUUGUUAAGUUCGCCGUCACAAUUCCCCUUCAAAGAAUCGGAGAGCCUGAAGAAGUUGCCUCACUGGUAGCCUUCCUGGCCAGCGAGGAGGCUAGCUACAUAACGGGAACCGUUAUGGCCGUUGAUGGUGGACACUUGGCUGGGUUACCGAUUCCGUAGGUUGCUUUUGCGCAACUUUUUUUCGACUGUAUAUACAAGCCUAAACUUGCUGAUUGCAGUCUCAACAAGCAACUGUUUGCAUAA